UGUAUGUAUUGGCUCUUAUCUCGAUUGCGGUGCGCUAACAUCUGUCGUGAAAGGAGAGAGUGGUGGGGACAGCGAUAACGAUGAAGCUAAUGUGCCCCAGUGACAGUGUCGCCCGAGGUUUCCAGCUGAUAGCACCAGCAUACGGAGCGCACAAAAUCUCAGAAUGCAACAAACUACGGAAUCACGCAAACGAAAGCCAGUUUUGUUAAAUGAAAACAAUAUAACAGCGUUCCUUGACGAAAAUGAUACACUUCUUUGUGAUUGUGAUGGCGUGAUAUGGACACCUUCAAAGAUUAUUCCGUUUGCCAAAGAGGCGGUCGAUUGUUUCAAAGAUGCAAAGAAAAAAGUUUUGUUUGUAACGAAUAACUCGCUGCAAUCGCCCCUUCCCAGGUUUGAAAAGCUGGGAUACUCUGUGCAAGAGCAUGAUGUCGCUUACCCACCGCUUGCAGUAGCACAACACUUACGUAGCAUAGGCUUGACAAAAAAAGCAUUUGUGGUAGCUCAUGAGCACUUUAAAGAUCGUCUUCGAAAUCAAGGAAUAACUGUUGUUCCCGCCAAAAAGGAGGAGGGGGCGCGUCUUGUUAAGGAGGAUAUCUUAGCUCUACUGAGUGGUAUUCAAGAUGACUCCGAUAUUGGAGCUGUCGUCAUUGAUGUUGACUUCAACCUCUGUUACGACGACCUUGUCAAAGCAGCCAACCAUCUUCGAAGACCUGAUUGUCUUUUUUUUGUUGGCGCGUCCGAUUCCAAAGUUUGUCUUGAGAGUGGAAAAGUACUUUUGGGUCCAGGCUACUUUGUUUCUAUGCUUGAGGACUGCACAGGGCGAAAAGCAGAGGUAAUCGGCAAACCAGGGCGCCUAAUGAUUGACGGAUACCUGAAAAAGUUUCAUGCUAUGGAUAUGAAGAGGACCGUGUUCGUUGGUGACACUUUGGUGCAAGACAUGGGCCUGGCUCAUGCGUGUGGAAUGAAAAAACUACUUGUCCUUACUGGAAUGGCAAAGCUAGAAGACCUGGAUUCUUGUGACAGUGACCUCAUCCCAGACUACUACAUCAACUCUUUCGGCGAUUUUUACCACCUCUUAAAUAAAAAGUGAAAAUGAAGAGGGUUUCCCUUGUUUAUGUAUUGUAAAGGUAUAUUAAGUGACUCUUCAUGCAAGAAAAUGUUCCAACUUAGCCUAAAUCUACAUGACCAAUGAAGUCAUAAUUGGCCGAAUUCCGGUGUCAGUAGUAACUCAAGUAGGCGUAGUAAAGAACCUUUGUGUUACUACGGACACCGGAAGUAGGUCAUGUAGAUGUCCGUUAGUGUAUUAAAAAUAAAAAUAGUAAAACUGACACCUA